AUGUUUGCUUUGAAAAUUAUUAUAGCCGUGCCUUUGUUUUUGUUGCAUUAUGUAUCACCACUGGGAUUCAAGUUACCAACUCUUCCAGUAGUUGAAGACAUAAUGAACGCUCAAACAAACUACGACAACAGGAUUAUUGGUGGCCAUGAGGCAAAUAUAGCAGACUAUCCACAUCAAGUAUCCUUCAUUGUGAACCAGUCCUACUUCUGUGGGGGGUUCAUCGUCAGCGAGAACUAUAUCCUGACAGCAGGCCAUUGUGCACAGAACGUAGACCCAAGCACAGUGGUCCUUCGAGCGGGCAGUACUAACAGGAAGAAUGGCACCAUCAUACCCAUAGCUGAAGUUAUACCACAUCCAGAGUAUGAUGACCCUGCUUUUGACAAGGAUGUAGCCGUGAUGAGGACUGUGGACCCGAUAGAGAUGUCUGAUACCAUGAAACCGAUUUCACUGCCGCCAAAAGGUAGAAAUUUGACUGCUGGCAGUAUGGUUUCAGUAAGUGGAUGGGGUAAGACAAGGAAUAUAGCGAUCUCUAUUCCGGAGAAUCUGAGGGCCGUUGAUAUCCCAGUGAUAGCACACCAGAAAUGCGAACAGGCGUACAGUGAUGUGCUUACUGACAACGAGUGGUGUGGAGGCAACUACUAUCUGGGAGGCAAAGGAACCUGUCAGGGUGACUCCGGUGGCGCGGCUAUACAAGACGGCAUGGCUGUGGGCAUUGUGUCGUAUGGUCGCUUAUGUGGCCAGCCAAUGGCACCAAGCGUCUUUGCCGAUAUCGCCGCACCUCCUAUAAGGGAUUUUAUCGCCAAUCAAACUGGAUUGUGA